AUGAACACAUUGGGGAGACCCAGCAGUGGGGGAGUGUGUGAGGAUUACCGGGUCAGCCUGGAACGGAGGGUAGUGCAGGGAGAUGGGGACCUUGUGUGCCAGGAUGCGGCGCUCUGCGAGGUGUUGGAGAGGCUUCUGAGGGAGGGAGACGCCCAGAACGUUCACGCCCCCCUGGGCCUGCAGCCCCUGGCUGUGAUGGAGGCCUCGCUCCAGGCUCCGCCCAGCUGGGGCCACUCUACAGGGGGGCUCGCUUCGCCCACCAUGUCUCCGGGGCUGGGGAUGCUCGCCAAGGCCUUUGAAGUUCUGGAGCGAGCCGCCCUCAACCUGUACCUGUGUCCCUGGAGGAAGGAGUACAGAGUUAUAAAGAUGUUCUCAGGCAUGUUCACACACCUGAUCAGGCCAGCGUUCUCGAAGCAACAGGUGGACAACCUGUUUGGGUUGCUGGGAUACCGGAUUACGGGGGAGGAGUUGGAGCUGUUAGCCCCACUCCUCCCACCAGCCACCCUGCUCGGCUUUGCGUGUGCAUUCUUUGCUGCGCGGUGCGAAUGUCAAAUGCUGUCAUCAGCCGCUGCGACUUUGGGUGGGGGAGUGCUUGUGGAGCGCCACCUGGUGGAGGAGAGGCAGAAGGGCCACAGCUUGCGGAGGGCACUGGAGAACCUGCAGGGGAAGGUGGAAGUAACGAGGCGAGGGUAUAGAGAAGACAAGAUGUCACCUCUGGAGGGAGACCUGGACCUCUACACUGCAGAGGGGCAAGCGUGCAACGGGGAGAGAGGGGCAGAAGGACUGGCGGAGACUUCCAUAGUCUCAUACUACAAAGAGAAUUCAAAUAAGUUCUGCAGUGACUCCUUUCAGGCUGCAGGGGGCAGCAGUACUGCCACACAAAAAAAGGGGGUCUGCGUUUCUAUACUGAACUAUGAGCUGACUGGGACUAGCUCUGCGGGGUCAGGGGCUAGCCGCGAGUCGGCUGAGCACCCCCGGGGAGCAGGUGGGUUACGAAAUGACUCCAAGAUCUCUGGAGAUGCCAGAGCAGGCAUGUCACAGGGGCAGAGUCAGCUCUGUCACUGUUUCAAUACCUCUGCUCUGUUUAACUAUAAGUGCGAGCAGUGCCAGAUGAUCCACACAGACUGCCACAUACUGGAAAGGUGUAGGAUGGCUGGACAUAGUACCUGCCUUGUCAGUGAUACAGACCCGCAUGAGAGAGAGGGAAAGGCUUCAACGACACUGCAGGAUGGGGCCAGUUUCUUGGAAAAGACCAAGUCUGGGAAGAGCAAUGUCUCAUUGCCAGGAGCUUCAUCCUGCUUCACCUCUACAAGCUUGCCUGCCGGAGCCAGCCACCGCCCAGAGCCCUUCACCCUGCACAAGUGUGCAUUUGCCCUAUCUGCCCUAUCAGAGCUGGCCUGCCACACAUGCAGGGUCUUCCACUCUCUCGACUGCCACGAUGGGAGGUUGUGCCAGAAGCGACAUGAAGUCAACCGGCUCGGUGGGUGCACAGCCAAGCAGGGCUGCCGAAACACUCCACAAAUCCUGUGUUGGUACUGUGGUACUGAAUGCUGCAAGGACUGCUGGUACAGAGACCCGCUUUACUGUGUCUGCGGCCAGCCUCGUCCUAUCUCCUCAGAGGUGUGAUCCCACACCCCCGUUCAGCACUGGAGCUACAUACACACCAGUCAACACCAGGACAGGAAAAAGUGAAAAGCUGACUCUCCUCUCACACACACUGUUACCUGUUAAAUGUCUGUGAGAAGAGCAGGAAACUGGCUGACUACCCUAGUGUUCCUUCUACAAUAGUUCAUUUUCAAUAAACCUGUGUUUUAAAUGGGAGAUACGAGUUUGAUUAAUCAUGUAAAAAUUUGGCUUUAUGUACCAAAGAGCCCUCUUUCGCAGAAUGUGAAAUAUGUGGUACAGGGAGAUGGGGGUUAUGGGAUACCUGUUGUGGGCAAGUGGGGCUGUGGGACUGUGUGUCUGUCUGUGUGGCAGGAUAUUUACAGGACGAUCAAAGGCUAUGUGAUCUGCUUGGCCUUAGGCUAAAACUUAAACUAAAACUCAAAUCACCUGCAAAAGUCCUGUCCAGAACAAUGAGGGAACAAGUCUAGAACAAAUUCAACAGCUGGGGGAAAUAAAUCAACCAUGUUUAAUCUUCUGUAGGCCAGAAGAUUGAGCUGAGCUUUACAGGAUAUGACAUAAAGUUACACAGACAUUCUUGGUGGAUGAAUUUGGAACUGUUUUUUCAAUUGUAGUGUGAAGGCUUUAAGAACUGAAUCAAAAUCUGCAUGAGAGCAUUUUGCAGUUUCACAGUGCUCUGAAAAAGUGAUCCGUCACUGGAAUCUCCAUUUCAUGCUGCUGUGCUCCAUACUAAUGUAUGCUGACUGGUUCAACUUGUUGCUAGUAAACAUACAAUGACAAAUAAAUGAUGUU